AUGGUUGAGUGGAGCGAAAACGAACGCAGCAUCAUCUCCAACAUCUUUUCCAACCUGGACUAUAACGACGUUGGGCCCAAGGCUCUGGUCAGGUGUCUGGUCGUUUACCCCUGGACUCAGAGGUAUUUCUCCUCCUUCGGUAACCUCUACAACGCCGAAGCCAUCAGCACCAACCCGAAAGUCGCUGCCCACGGAAUCAAAGUGCUCCACGGUCUGGACCGCGCUCUGAAGAACUUGGACAACAUUAAAGCCACCUACGCCGAGCUGAGCGUCCUGCACUCAGAGAAGCUGCAUGUCGACCCCGACAACUUCAAGCUGCUUUCUGACUGCCUGACCAUUGUUAUUGCUGGAAAACUGGGUUCCGCUUUCACCCCAGAGGUUCAGGCUACCUUCCAGAAGUUCUUGGCCGUGGUGGUGUCCGCUCUCGGAAAGCAGUACCACUAA